ACAACUUCACACGUAAAAUAAAUCUAUUAAAAUGUUUAAAACAAAGCCCAAACCCCCAAAUAGAACUGAUUUGCCACAUUUAAUGAAAGAUGUACCCGAGGAACAUCAAGAUUAUGUUCAAAAUUUAUGUAAAAAAAUGAUGCAGCAUCAAGCGUAUGGACAGCCUUAUGAAUGGACAACAGCAGAUUUUGAAAUGGGUGCUCCAUUGGGACGUGGCAAGUUCGGUCGUGUUUAUUUGGCCCGCGAACGUGUAAGUCAUUAUAUGGUGGCCAUGAAAGUGCUGUUCAAGGAGGAGUUGCGCAAGGGCAAUGUACAGCGUCAGGUUUUAAGAGAAAUUGAAAUACAAUCGAGACUAAAACAUCCACAUAUUUUGCGUUUGUUGACAUGGUUUCAUGAUCAGGAACGUAUUUACAUGGCCCUAGAGUUGGCCUCCCAGGGAGAGGUAUAUACACUGUUACGAGGUUCUCCAAACAAUCGUUUUGAUGAGCCCCGGGCUGCUAAAUAUACUUACCAAGUGGCUGAUGCCUUGCACUAUUGCCAUUUGAAUAAGGUAAUACAUCGGGAUCUAAAGCCGGAGAAUAUUUUGCUGACGGCAUCGGAUGAUGUAAAGUUGGCGGAUUUUGGAUGGUCGGCACAUACCAUAUCGAAUAAACGUAAAACUUUCUGCGGCACUUUGGACUAUAUACCACCCGAAAUGGUAGAUGGUCGUACAUACGAUGAUGCGGUCGAUCAAUGGUGUUUGGGCAUUUUAUGCUAUGAAUUUCUAGUGGGAGCUGCUCCCUUCGAAUCAAAUGAUACCGAUAAAACCUAUGAGAAAAUUCGACGUGUCGAAGUGAAUUAUCCUCCAUAUUUAACUGUUGGUGCUAAAGAUGUCAUAUCGAAAUUAUUACGUAAAACGUCUAGUGAGCGUAUUACGCUAGUGGAUGUAAUGCAGCAUGCUUGGAUUAAACAGAACAUGGAAAUACGUAAUAAUCAAUUGGCAAAAAUGGCUGGACAGAAGUAGUUUUUAAUUUUUAAGAACUAUUAAAAAUGGCACUUUUAUAAACACUAGAUUAAGUUAUUUUGCAGUUUAAUAAAAAAAUAUUGACGAAAUAUA